GAGGAGAUGCCAGGCCCAGACACAGGAGAUGCGCUUGGCAGAUCCAAUAUAAAUGCUGAGAAUCCACCAAGUGCCCCAAGAGUGUUCUGCCCACAGGAUGUGCGCAAGUCCUGCAUGAUAGGCACAGUCGUGACACUGUUCACAGUGCCACUUUCCAUGGUCCUGUGCUAUGUUGGAUUCUGGUGGUGGAAGGACAAGAAACGUCACCCUGCUGCAGCUCCAGCAUACCAGCCAAGAAGGCGUGACUCUUCCUCGCCCCCAGGGAGCCCAGAGACUGCCUCGUUUGACAGCUCUCAGACAUGGCCUCAGAAGCAGGUGUCGACCUGGAAAGCAGAGCACCAGCACUCUGUGCCUCCCCCACGGCCCCCCAGCCCGGCUGUGAAGAGGAAGCCCCCUGAGAUCCCCCCACCUCCUCCCCUCCCGAGCCGGCCACCCUGGUCCAGUUAGGACUGAAAGUGGGCCAGCCAUGGCAGGGCUUGGGCCACCAACAGCUUGGGGCAUCUGCUCUUGGCUACAAAUAACACGUUACCUGUGGGUAACAGCCAGAGGCACUUUUCCUACUCUUUUACCUUCAACAGGAAGGGCUGAAGAUUCUUCCCAUGCCCUGCCUUAUCCCUUGCUCUUUUGAUUUUCAUACAGCUGGGUGCUGGCUGAACCUUUUCAAAGAACUUUAUUUACACUUCAUGUUUUACCCCACCUACCAAGGAAAAAAAAAAUAAAAGUUUUUUUCA